AUGAUCUCCACUACUGCGUUGGACCACAUCGAGCCGAUCCCGUUCUCGUCGAUGCCGUUCCCUCUCUUGGACGAAGCGGACCUGGCCGUCUUUCACGACAUGGACUCGUUUGAAUUUGACUUGAAAACCGAGGCGACGUCCACCCGCACCGCCAAUUUGAACGAACUUGGCCAACAAGGCCCCGGCCCCCUCCGCACAACCGUGCAAUCGUCUGGCAGGAAACUGUGCAACAUGGACGGCUGCAGCCGCGUCGUUCGGUCCCGUGGGUUCUGUAAAAAGCACGGCGGCGGCAAGCCGUGUGCCAUCCCCGACUGCAUCAAGGAAGCGCACAACAGCAACUAUUGCAUUGGCCAUGGAGGCGGCAAGUGCUGCAAAGUCGACCAGUGCGCCAAUGCCGCGCAAUCGCAAGGUCUUUGUAAGGCGCACGGUGGCGGCGCGCGGUGUAAAUUCAAUGGCUGUGACAAGAGCAGCCAAGGAGGUGGGUUUUGCCGUACUCACGGGGGGGGCAAGCGGUGCUCGGAGCCGGGAUGCACCAAGGGCGCCCAGAGGCGGGACCGAUGUGCCAAGCAUGGUGGCUGCCGCGAGUGCUCGGUGGCAGGCUGUGCCCGGACGGACCGUGGCGGAGGCCUCUGCGAAGUCCAUCGACAGGACAUGACGUGCACUGUCAAAGGCUGCAAACGCCUUGGAAAGACCAUGGGCGUGUGCACUGUGCAUGCACGGCAGGCACUAGUCGGCGGCGGUCUGUUGACGCAACGAUUCACUCCUAUUUAA